AUGUUUAACGCGAUAAGCAACAAGGAUACAUGGAAAUUUAUUUUUCCGAUUUUAAUUAAUUUCACGAUGUCUAUUGGUGCAUAUUUUUUAGCGAUACGUUUAAUUCCGAAAAUAAAAAAUAUGUUUAUUAAAGCUAACCUAUAUGGUAUUGACAUGAACAAAAAGAGUGGUGAUAAAGUGCCAGAAGCUUUAGGUGUUGUUACUGGAUGUCUCUUCCUUAUAACACUGUUUCUGUUUAUUCCCAUACCUUUCACAAACUACAUAUUUAGUGACAUAAACUUUCCUCAUAGUGAGUUCAUGGAGUUUUUGGCUGCUCUUCUAUCAAUUUGUUGUAUGUUACUUUUGGGUUUUGCUGAUGAUGUUCUGGAUCUUCGUUGGCGGCAUAAAUUACUGUUACCAACCAUUGCCUCCUUACCACUCUUAAUGGUGUACUAUAUUAAUUUUAACUCUACGCUAAUUAUUGUGCCAAAACCUUUGAGACCAUGGUUUGGUUUCUCAGUGGAUCUUUGGAUAUUUUAUUAUUUAUAUAUGGGGAUGCUAGCUGUGUUUUGUACAAAUGCCAUAAACAUAUUAGCUGGUAUAAAUGGUUUAGAAGUUGGACAAAGCUUAGUGAUUUCAAUGAGCAUCCUUCUGUUUAACAUAAUAGAGUUAUCAGGGGAUCUUUGGAAAGCACAUCAAUUUUCAUUGUAUUUCAUGCUUCCAUAUAUAUCUACUUCAUUGGGUUUACUAAAGUUUAAUUGGUAUCCAGCACAAGUAUUUGUGGGUGAUACUUUUUGUUAUUUAUCUGGAAUGACGUUUGCCGUUGUUGGAAUUAUUGGACAUUUCAGUAAAACAACCUUGUUAUUUUUCAUUCCUCAAAUAAUUAAUUUCCUUUAUAGCGUACCACAAUUAUUUCAUUUUAUACCAUGUCCUAGACACAGGCUGCCAAAAUACAAUAAAGUAACAGACAAAUUAGAAAUCAGUAAUACAGUAUUUAAUAAAAAAGAUAUUGGUUUUAUAGGUAAAUUGAUAAUAUGGAUAUUUAGGAAAUUAUACAUAAUAAAAUGGCAAGAAGAUAAGGAAGGUGUCAUUAGUUGCAAUAAUUUCACAUUAAUUAAUUUCGUACUUAUUAAAAUUGGUCCAAUGAAAGAAUCAUCACUCACAGUAACUUUACUGCUAAUUCAGGUUGUUAGUAGUUUAUUAGCAUUUAUUAUAAGAUACCCUCUUGCUUCGAUUUUCUAUGAUGUUUGAAAAGGUACAUAUUUAAGAAGGGUAUAAGUGUAAACUACCAAGUUACUUUAUUAUUUCGUAAUGAAAUAAUAUCAAUUUCUUUUGUACAAGCACUGUUAAAUAUAAAUACACUUUCACAGGUUGCAUUUAUUAUGAGUUCUAUUGCACAUUCGUCAGCGACCAUGGACUAUACGAAUAUUAUUUCAUUGUGUUAUUCUUAGGAAAUAAAUAUGUUCCUUUCCAGUUUGCAACUUAUAGUGGUUUUUGAUUAUAAGUACCACAAUGUACUAGGAGUCAGGUUACAACAAAAUAAGGUUUGACUUUUUUGGGGGAAAUAAUAACUGUUGUGUCGUGAACAAUAGAUUGUUUUUCCGAGUAUUCGUCGCAGCCAAUAAAUUGUUUUAUGGUGGCCUCACAAGAAGGCCCACAUUCCAGCACACUGCGUAUGCUAGGCCCUAAAGUAGAGGUACUAGAAACCUUCACAUUCAUCACCAAAUUUAUUACCUAAACUCUCACGGGUAGACGUCUGCGCUUCUUACCCUUACGAUUUCAUUGUUCAUAAAAAGUAGAAAUGGAAAAACAUUGUUAGAAUUUUCACCUUCCACUUCUUUUUACCUUUUCCUAAAAGAAAAGACACACCCACACCAUCCAAUCCGAAAUUAGUUGUAACCACCCUUCUUGGAACAUCCAACCAAUAAGAAUUUAGUCUAGUUUAUCUCGACGAUACACCACCAGCAACGAACAGACACACAAUUGCUCCCGUGAGACACAACUGCUUUCAUACCAUAUACUUUUUGUA